AUAGAGGAAAAAAUAGAGAACCAUUGGAGAUGCUCUAAUAAUAGAAUAUCUCGGAUGAAUGGGUUGAUCAGUAUUAUGAUCAAUUAUAAUCCAAUUGUAUCUUGGAAUCACCUCUACUAAACUCUUAACCGAGAGAUCAAUCAAAUAUGACAAAUUGAUCUCUAGUCUAGAGCUGUUUCCUAAAAGGUGUUUACGUUUAACGAUGAUAAAUAAAUUAAAGAUUUAUUUGAUCAAUUAAAAAGGAUUAUAUAAAACAAUUUAUCUUCUCAUAAUGUCUUCUUCAAUUCUUAUGUAUUGUGGAAAAAAGGAAGAGGAGAACGCAAAGUGGUGAAAGAGAGAUGGAGAGAGGCAGCCAAAACGAUGAGUAUGAUGACGGAGUUAUGACAGUGGAGCAAAUGGAGAUUCUCCGUAAGCAGAUCGCAAUUUACGCCGUCAUUUGUGGCCAGCUCGUUUCCCUCCACGAGUCUUUAUCUUCUAAAUUUCCUCUCUCAUCAGGAAUGCAUCCAACAGGAGGUGGAUACUUUGAUCCAAUGGUGGCAUCACCAAGCACUUAUAAAAUAUCUCAUCGGCAUCGUUGGACACCAACAUCGAUGCAACUUCAGAUUCUUGAAAGCAUUUACGAGGAAGGAAGCGGAACACCAAAACCACAGAGGAUUGAAGAGAUCACGUUGGAGCUGUCUCAACACGGACAGGUCAUGGAGAAAAAUGUUUAUAACUGGUUUCAAAACCGACGAGCUCGGUCCAAACGAAAGCAGCCUCAGGCUAUGACAACAAUGACUGUUCAGACCGUUGAUGCGACGGUGACAACUGAGGAGAGGAGUUAUGGAGAUUCUGGAGGGUUUGAAUCUUAUGAUCAUCUCCUCUUUCCGAGUAAUGACUUCAGUAAUAUCUUAAAAUAUAAUUUGAGCUUUUCCCAUAUGAUUUUACUUUGUGCAUUUGGCUAUUGCAUCGUUUUUUUUGGAAUUUGGAAAUUUUAUCUGGGUUGGUUUAUGGUAAUUUUAUUUAAUUAGUAUUAUUGUAUACGUUGUAAUCAGGGCCGUCUUUUA